ACAAAACCUGUAAAACCCUUAUAAAAGACCAAAUCGAUGAAUUAGAAACACUUGUUCAACAGUAUGGUCUUGGAGACCUACAAAUAACUGAACUUAUGGAGGUUAUCAUAAAGGGGAAACUUGACGAUUCUGACGUUAGGAAAUUAGUAAAACUCCUCAUACCAC